GCAGUAUAAAGUCUUCGCUUCUGACAACUUUCGUUUGAGUUUGGUGUGGUGUGUGCUUUUAUUUCUCAAGAUGAUACGAAAUACAAUUGUUUGUAUCUUUGCAGUUCUUGCUUUAGGUGAGUUGUGUUGCCUUUAAAACCGUUUUAGAAGUCACCAUAUAAACAGUCGUCGAUUGAGUAUAUAGUUGUCUGAAUGACUGUGUCUUCUAAUAUUAAUUGUCUGUGUUAGUCGAGGUGGUAGUACGUUUCUAGUUAACUAAUUUUCUUUCUCCUUGUUCAGUAUGAGUAAUAAAACCUAAAUUCAAAGUAAAAUCCGGCGUAACUUUGCUUUUAUCUUGGAUAAGGUUAGCAAACUCUCGAGCAAACUUGCGCAAUUAUAGCAAUUUGCAAUAGUUUCAUAUUCAGCAAUGCUGCAAUAUGGGGAAAAUAAUAUCGAAAUAUGAUAUAAAUAUAUAUUAGAGCAUUAAAUAAAAGCAUUGUUUGAUACGCAUAGAAGUGUAUAUAAAGGUUUCAUUGCUAAUUUUAUGAUUGUCAUAUGUAUAGACCUGAAAUUUAAGGCCUAUGCCUAUGGAAUUAUGCACCUAUCAAUGUUAAGCCCCCAGGGGGGGAGGCCGGGAUAUAGGUGGGGAUUAGACUUUUUGAAGAAAAUUUUGAGCUAAUGCCCCAAUAUGGGGCAACAAAAUACAGGUGAAUAUUGAAAUAUUCCCCACCCUGGGGACCAAAUCCCCACAGUAUAAAAUAGAACAUAAUAAACAAACUUAACAAAUUCUGUUGAGAAUAGAGCAGCAACGUUGUUUAAAAUCAUUAAAAGGAUUUAUUUACAGAACUGUUGAUUGUUGAAUGAUUUAGGACUGUUAAAUUUUAUUUAGGACCAAUGAAUGUUUCAACAACAUUAUUCAAGUUUUUCUCCAUCAAAACGUUCAAAAAUUCCGUUAAAAUUCUAUUUCUACUCGUUUCGCUUGCCAUUCUGCUUGUUUUCCAUGGGGUUGCCCAACUGCAUCCAAGGAAUUACUGGUCAGCGGUAGUCACACGACUUAAACACGUGGUUUAAGAUUUGUCAAAUGUACCAACCCUCGGGCUCUGGUAAAUAUCCCCACUUGGGGCAAGAAAUUUCGUGCAAAUCCCGAGGGUACGCCCGGCCUCCCCCCCUGGGGGCAUAGGUGCAUUAUAAAGGUAUCAUCAGUUUAUGGAAUUAUAAAGGUAUCAUCAGUUUAUGGAAUUAUAAAGGUAUCAUUUUUAUAAUUGUGUCAAAUUCCUGUAUGGAAUGAGACUUUUUUGUGCGCCGGACAUGUGCACCAAAAUACUAGUAAAUGACAAUGUAUUGCUGUACAGCUGGUUGUGCGCCCGACAUGUCCGGCGCACAUUACUUAGAUUCCAUACUGGGUCAAAUUGGACAAAUGUUGGCUGAAAAUUCAACAAAUUUUGACCGAAAAUUGGGAAAAUUUUUUAUGAUUCUUGUGCAAUUGGCAAAUGCUAUAUAGUCCAUCGUAGGCUAUGUUUUGAAAGUAUAAAUACAGACCGUAUUCUUGCAAAAUUUCAGCAGAAAACAAAUUUAUAAAGCACUUUGUGUAAAAUAAGACCAAUAAUGAAAAAUAAUCAAAAUAAUCAAAAUUUCACACACUCCUGAUAACCCAAUGCGGGUGGGUGACGGUAAACUAAUACCUUAAUUCUGUUGGCCUCAGGACUGUAUUUUCUUGACUUUUCCUAGCGUUUGCCUGAAUUUCAAUGGUCGUAUAAAAACUAAAACCACUAAUAAUUAUAUAAAUUAUGACAUAUAGCACAUGGAAGUGCAUUUCCACACUGCUGUCGUAAUAAACGUUUGUUCAAGAAGGAAAGCGAAAGGUAAGUGGUUAAAAUUUUGUUUUGGAAUAGGGAUGAGCUGAUCGCUGAAAUUGCCGAUUAGCCGAUUCGAUUAAUCGGUGUCCGAUAAUAUGUAAUAAUCGAUUAAUCGGCUAUCUCCAUUUACACAUUUACCAGUAGGCGUUAGUUGUCCUGAUGAACCUCAGAUGCUUUUGAGCAUUAAAAUGAAGCUUGAGAAGCUAAUGUAGUAAAGCACUCAGCUACAGUAUCUCUAGCAUUGGAAGAGGAAGAGUCCUCCCUUCUAAAGCUGGAUGCAAAUUGAAAAGUUUUCCACUUCUUUUUCAUGACAUUCUCUUUUGUUUCAUGUAAUGGUCUUCUGUGUGCACACAAUGUUUUCCUGUCAUGGGGUUACAUGUAUAAGUGUUAAUUUUCAUAUUUAAUAAUGAGAUAAGAGGUGAGAUAAAUGCAAGGUCUUAUUUGUACGUAUUUGUGUUGCAGCAGCAUGCCACUCUAUAACGUGAAAAGAUUGUUAAUAAACAUGUGCAAAAACCACAAUGAAUACACAGAUUUUCAUUUAUUACUAAUAGAAAAAAGAAACUGGUCAAUAAUUGGCAAAUGGCCAAUAAUUGGCAAAUGGCCAAUUAUACAGAAAUAAUCUGCCGAUUACCGAUUAUUAAAAAUUGGCUGAUUAUCGGUCGAUUAAUCGGCCCAUCCCUAAUACUGGCCAUCUCUAUUUAUUUCUAAAUGAUGUUGACUUUUAUUGCAGCACAUCUAAUGAAAGUGUGACUAUGAGUUCAGAUGAAGGUACUGAAUAUUUUAAGGUAUUAUUAAAGACAUCUGGUCAAUGUUGUUUACUGUCUUAUUAUUUAUUAACUGAACAUUUGAACAAAUACAAGGCCUUCUUAUUGGCUUAUAUGAAAUAUGUGUUGUAUUUAAGUUCUUUGCAGGAUUGCAUGGCGAUAAAACAUAUAAUACUUUUUGUUUGUGGAAACACCACAUAAAUUUAUUUCUGCAAAGCUUUCAAUCCGUAAGCCCGGAUCUUCAUCAGUGCUAAUAAGGGACCGGAAAAAGUCACCGAGAAAAGGGGGGUGGCUUCAAAUAUUUUUUGCCUGAAAACUGAAAAAUAUGUGACAAGGGCGACCCCAAUUUUUUAAUACUUUCCUCCUCAUUUUCAAUCUCUCGCCUUUAUCAUAUCCCACAAAAUAUUUCACGUUUUUCAGUUCCUAUAAUUGUAGUUUCCAUAGUUUAUUACAGUACCGUCCAACGGAAACUAUACAGCAAGUCAUUAUGUGUAACGAGCGAGAGGUUGUGAUAGCGCCCCUCGCAAGGUUUCGUUUCGCGUCGCGUUUCUCGCUCGAACAUUCUCAAAACUCGCUCGAAUCUUGUUCGAAAAAAAUAUAUAGUUUCCGUUGGACGGUACUGCAUGUAUAUGCAGUUCACCAAAAGAGUCGGAGUAAAUGACAACCAUUUUGAAUACUGGUCCUCUAAUUAUUUAGGCUACACAAUGUCUUACACCAGUACUUGUCCCAUUACCUAUUUUACACCAAAAAAUGUAACAAAUUAAGUGUUGGAGAAGGGGUGUUCUAAAUUUUCUAGAUGAAGGUGGGGCGUCUUGAAAAUAAAUGUCUUGCAAUUGGUGCGACUCUAAAAAAGUUCAAUAUUAGCGAAUAUCACCCACCGCCCCCUCCCAUUAUCAAAGACCAGUCCCUAAAAUAUAACAUAUCGUUAGUACUAAUGAAGAUCUGGGCUUACGGAUUGAAAGCUUUGCAGUAAUAAAUUUACAUGGCAUUUCCACAAACAAAAAGUAUUGUAUGUUGUAUUUAUUCAAUAUUUUAAUAAAUAAUAAGACUGUAAACAACAGUGACCAGAUGCCUUUAAUAAUAAUAAUAAAUUCUAGUGAUUAGCCGAUAAUUGGAAAUUAAUCAGUAGAAGCCGAUUUAUCGGCUAUUUUUAUGCAGCUCUGGUAUCGACCGAUUUCAUGGACGUAAAUCGGCAUAUAUCUGCUUCUGAUAAAUAUCAUUCUGGCUAUAAAAACAGUGAAAACUGGCUGUUAGAAACUAGUAAGACUUUGUUUUUAGUAAUGAAGAGCGGCAAGUUAUUUUCAGACAGUUGUUUUCACAAAUUCAAUCCUUGACUAUUGUACUGACAUUUUUUCAACCCUCAUUCUUUUGUUUUGGUAGCGUUUUGCCCCAAUUUCGAGUGUUACAAAUUCGAGAAUUUCGUGUUAUUCAAAUAUCGGUUGCUUCUGAUAAAUUGCCUAAAAAUUGGCUGGUAAAUUGGAUUGGAAUAUAUUGGAUCAGUAAAUGUGUUUUUCCUCAAUCGGCUCAUCAUUAAGAAAUUCAAUGUCUUCAUCUGAACUUGUUGUCACACUAUCAUUUGUGCUGUGUUGAGAAAGGACAUAGUUUAUAAGCUUUAGUAGCCUGAAAAGUUAAAACAGACCUACAUUUCGCCCGCCCUACAAUUCACAGGUCGACAAAGGGCAAAACAUAGGUCUGAUGAAAAUGUUGUCAAAACACUGUGGAAUCCGACCGCCUGGUGGUCUGAAUAGCUGAUUGGCUAAUUCACAGGGAAAUGGGUUGUGAUUGGUUGGUCGCUAACAUGAAAAGAUCAGAAUAUAUUUCAACGGUAAAUCAAAGCAUAUAAUAUGCAUACAGUGUGAUAUUCUAAAUAUUUUGUGAUGUCGAACGACAACUACCUGUAGUCUAUCAGUAUCUACCAUCUAAAAUUAAAACUAUGGAGGGGAGUAGAGCAGUACGUGUGAAAUACUUCACCGUUGUGUCUUUCUGUUGUAAUAUACAAGACAAAAUAAAUUUUUACACGAUCUAAGUUUUGUGAUUAAUCAUAAUAAAACUGAUACAAAUAUGUGUGCAUUCAUGAUUUACAUUUUGAUAACAUAGCACAUACAAAAUAUUUUAUUUAGAUUUUCCAUUGUAUGGCGAUUUCAAAAUCUAUAAAUUGUAAGAGUUGGGAUGCAAUUCAACAAUAGGAUAUGGCCACUGCCAAAUUUGUGUAGGCAGAUUUAUCGCAUUUAUAGAAUGUGUUGAAAAUGCUGUAUUACUAGCUGUAACUGUUUAUAAAAGCAACAGGCUGCAUGGGGCUGCAUCAAUACUUUAAAUAAUUAUUCAAAUAUCUGUACUUAUCGACUCUUACUUUGUUUACAAACUUUCAAUAAAGUGAAUCGACAACUUUCAUUGUAUUUUUAGGUGUUGCAUGUAAAUGUUUCAAGCGGAAGGCGAUUUUGACAACAUUUUCAUCAGACCUACGUUUCGCCCUUCGUCGACCCGCGAAUUUUAGGGCGGGCUUGAUUUUACAGUAACAAGAUCACGAACAGUUCACGUGCGGACUCACUUCCGCGCGGUAAGAUUCCGAGAAAACAUUUUAUAGUGAACAUGUAAGUGCAUCAAGCAUCCUAGCCCCAAAUCAAAUUUUAACCACUUACCUUUUGCUUUCCAUAUUGAACAAACGUUUAUGCAGCAUGGAAAGCACAGCAGCGUGGAAAUGCACUUCCACAUGCUAUAUUUAUGUCAUAAUUUAUAAUGCAAAAAUUAACAAAUAAUGAAAGAAUUAUUAUUAUGAUUUAUGUUUGUUCCUGAAAAUCCUGUAGUUCCUAUAGAUCCUGUAGUUCCUGUAUUUCCUGGGUUUCCAAAUUAGGCUGUUGCGGUAUUUGAAAAAAAAAAACGAAAACCGAUACCGGAAAAAAAAUACCGAUAUUUUUUCGCGAUUGUAUUUUGCUUAAUUUUAUGCAAAAUUUGCUUAAUUUUAUGCAAAAUUUUCUGUUUUCAAAUGAUGCCAAACAGCCAUGAUAUAACAUCUUUGACUCAUCGGGUGCGUGAUAUUUUCGCUAAAGUGUGAGGCCAGUGAUCAGUAGCCUGUGAAAUGUUCCCUUUGAAUUGAAAAUGCAUAUUACUUUAUAUUAGCAUUGAUUACCGCACCAGAUGAAUCAUGUGUGAUACUUUUGACCGGGAAAUUGUUUCAAAACAUUUUAUUCAACUGCGAGUUCGAAACAAAGAUUGUCCUAUCUCACCAGAUAAACAAUGUCCAAUGAGGUUAGUCAGUUUUGUUUUUCUAAAACAUUCGUAAUCCACCGUUGUUUUUACAUUCUAAAAGUUCACUUUUUGAUAAGCGAAAUGACAUAUUACACCUUGCAACGACAACGUACCAACACACACGUUUUAGAUUGCGCUCUAACCUUAAUUUACGGAUUUUCCCGCCGAGUUAGCACAUUGAUCGUCUUUGACCUUCUGAAAUAACUCUGAAAUAACACAAUCAGCGCUAGAAAAAGCUUGAUAUGACGUUUAAAUAUACAAACGUAAACAUGAUAUCGAUAAUACCGAAGAAUAUCGAUAACACCGAGAAUAUCGAUAUUCCGAUAUAUCGAAAAUUUCAAUAUCGAGUAAUCGGUAUUUAUAAAAAAACCCGAUAAUUAUCGGUAUAUCGAUAUACCGCAACAGCCUAUUCCAAAUGCCUGAAAGCAAAUUAUGCUGUGGCAUCUGCAAAUAAGCAUAGCUACCACACAAAACAAACACUUAGUUUAAUAAGUUGAUGAAGUGCUAGAAUUCGACAAAAAAAUUAGUGACACGCAUGUUUGGUUUAGAAGAGACAUGUUUUGUUGUGUGGAUUUUUUAUAAGAAUGCUUUCUUGAUUUGAAUGACAACCAAAAUGUGUACUUUUCCUGUGUUGUCAUUUACACAAACCACAUGCAAAACUCGUGUAGUUGACUUUCAUUAGAGCUUAGUGUAAUGAAAAUUGUCUUUUGUUAGAUUUGUACAAUGCUUUGUGUAGUUGUGAGUGUAGCCUGCGUGGCAGGCCCAUUGAAUAUAGGCCUGCAACAAUCUCAAGGAAAUUUGGUAUUUCGGGGCCGUGAGCAGACUCAAAAAUACUAUUGGUUGAAAUCAUAAUGUACAGUAUGCCAAAAUACGCGUAAAUCACUGUGACGCAAUGUUUAUACGCUUUCAAUAAAAGCGUAUAUUUUUGAAAGAAUACUGUGAAUUUGCGUUUUAAAGUAAAAACUGAACAGCUGGAAAUCGUUGAGAUGUUUUGGCAGGUUUCUCUGGAUAUCUGCCUUGACAGAUCGAAGGGCAUGGAUACAAACCCAUGCACAUGUUGGUAUUUCUCUAAAUAAUACAGUAGCUAUACACGAUCAAUUUGAAAUACUGAUUGACAAAAUAUGUAUCCUAUUAAAGACAUGUCGCUUUAUGUAUUUAUGAAAUUUAUCGGUUAUUAUGAGUUCUACAGCAGACUACAAACUACAGUGCAAUUUAGCUUGUAUUGUGAUAUAUUUUUACAGUUAAGAGUGUGUUAUUGUCAAUUUGUAAAUGUUUAUACUGUUCAGCCGUUGCAAUUUUGAAACAUAUAUUCGCUCAUAGCUGGUCAUAUUUUGUAUGAUUUUGAAAUUUAUUGUAAUGUUUGGACCUAAGAUGGUAUUGUCUUCCUUUUGAUAUAAAUAUAUUUUUGAGUUCCGUUCAUUAUUAAUACGUAAAAAUAGUCAGUGUUGAGUAACGGCAUUUAAACUGUUUAUCAAGUCAAAAUUUUCUACAGGGGCCGGUUGUAUAAAACUCUUAAUCACUUUUUAAUCGCUAUUUAGUUAAAUAGUGAUUAACUCUCAAAUACGCGCUUCUUAUUGGAUGACGUUUCCACUAACUAUAGUUAAGUUUUAUCACUUUUUUAUACAACCGGCCCCUGAAUUGUAUCACGUACUAAUGUACCAAACCGACAUCGCCGGUGUAAAUUCUGUUUUAUUUACUCUAAAAUAAUUUAUUAAAUUGCCAAUUUUUUUACAGUUUGAAUUCUUGAGCUACUCUAUGAACUAUACAACAGUAAUAAAGUAUAUUUAUAGUUAUUACUCGCACUGCAUCACGCACACAAAUUUCAGAGAAUAUGAUUGGUUGGAUUGGAAAUAAAUUAUCAUAGUAAUUAGUGGGCGGUGAUCAAAUUUCCUUGAGAUUGUUGCAGGUGUUACAAAACUUUACAUAAUAACGUUAACAAUUCAAGCGCUUUCAUUGGUCGAGAGCCAUGAUCUAUUAGAGGAUAGAUGCACGGAAUAGGCAAUUCCAGCUUUUAGUUUAUGCGUGCAGGGGAUGAUGGGAAGUAAGGUAUCAUAUUGCCGAUUAUGCUGAAAAAUGUCAAUAAAAACUGCCGAAACAACCCAAAUAUUUCAACAUUUACAAGUAUAAGCUAUCACUCCGUGUUUACACCCACCAUUUUUUAUUUUUUCAGCAUAAUCAGCAAUAUGAUACCUUACUUCCCAUCAUCCCCUGCACGCAUAAACUAAAAACUGGAAUUGCCUAUUAUGUCACACAAAACUCUUUGCCCUGUACAGCCAAUCACAACACAGCACGUGACUUAAGGUAGCCAAUAGCAUUCUCUUAUUUGUAUAGAUCAUGUACGUGUGAUAUUUGUAAAGUUUAACUUUUUCAAAUUUCCAAAUGUUUGGGUGGAUAAAAAGUAAGCUAUGAAAAGUAACCUGUUUAAUUUGGGGUUUUUCUUUUUAUUGUAUAAAUUAUGAAACAAUAUAACUGCCUGGGUGGCUCAUCCGCUACUUUUUUGUUCUUCCCACAUUAUGACGUCAUACUGUGUAUCUUCUAUAACUGAACAGAAAACGGCAAAAUCUUAUCUACCUUGUAUUAAAAUUCGCGCAGUACUACAAUUCGCGCAGCGCUGGGUGCGUAAUAUGAGACACUCAUUGUUAGUAAUGCAAAUCUUUGUGGUGUAAUAUGAGACACUCAUUGUUGGUAAUGCAAAUCAGUUGAGUUAUUAACUGUAUUGGGCAAAUGAGAACUAUACAAUAUGGUGCUUCGGUGGCCAAGUGGUUAGCGCUCUUGCCUUUCACCUCUGAGGCCGAAGGUUCAAGCCUCAGCGAGAACCUUCUCAAUGCGACUCGAACCCAGUCCUCAUGUGAAAAGAGCAAAAGUCAACGCUCUGCCAAAAGUUGUGGGUUUUCCCCGGGUACUCCGGUUUCCUCCCACAGGGAAAGUUGACAGGGUGGGUUAGGUAAAAAGGGACCACAGUAAUCGGCAUAUGCCGCUGUGGUGACCCUGCCCUAGUUGGCAACUUUAGCUAAAUAAAUAAAUUUUUCAGUUCUUGUUGGUAUUUUUAACUCACGCUUUAUAUUAAUUGUUAUCAUGAAUUUUGCUUUACAUUACAUAAUUUUGAAGCCAUUUUUUAGUUUACCUAAUCGCUUUUUGAUUAAGUUUUAACAAAUACUGAAGUACUUGUUGAUAAAAAAAUAUAAAAAAUUACUGUCUGUUGGAUUACUUGGAUAGUGUUAUCCUGACCUUUGUACAACUGUUCCUUGGUUGGAAAAACAGUAUAUUGAUGUGCAACCAUUAUUGUAGGCUCUGACAAGUUAAGAUCUUGUUUUUAGGUGGAUGUGUUUUGUCAGAAUCUCUAGUGGUGGCAACUUCACCACAUAAAGAUGCCUCUACUCCGUCUGUUGUACCAUCAUCGCCAUUUGUUGUAACAUCGUCUUCUGCUGUUGUAACGUCGUCUUCUGCUGUUGUAACAUCGUCUUCUGCUGUUGUAACAUCGUCUUCUGCUGUUGUAACAUCGUCUUCUGCUGUUGUAACAUCGUCUUCUGCUGUUGUAACAUCGUCUUCUGCUGUUGUAACAUCGUCGUCUUCUGUUGUAGCAUCGUCGUCUGUUGCAUCUUCGUCUGUUGCAUCUUCUGUGUCAGCAUCGUCGUCACAAGUUGUAACUUCUCGUCCUUCAUCAGUUGGCAUAUCCUCUACUCAAGAAGCAUCUGUUUCAUCUUCAUUAACCAGCAUGGUUACACCUACUGCUAGCAUUGUACAAUCAAACUCUGUAACAGUAACAUCAUCCCCAGUUGCUACCCCAUCCCUCCGUUCUACAGUGAUUUCAUCUAGCCCGGGGGUUCAUUCAUCGUCAAUCGUGCCUUACAUCACAAGCUCUGCUGCGCCCUUGAUUACUCCGUCACCUACAGCUGUUGUGUUUCCUGAAACUAUUCAAAUAAACGACACGGACGGAAAACCAUGCCUUUAUGUCAAGUUAGAAGUUGAUUUUGUGAUCCAUUAUAACGCUACCAUAAAGGUAAUGUGUUACAAUUAUAUCUGUGCUUAUAGUUUUUGAAUUUUUCAAUCAGAGUUAAUUAAUCAUCUAAUGUGGUGUUGGAUAUGAAAACCUAGUUAAGUAAAGUUUUGCUGUUGGCCACUUGGCUUAAGGAAGAACACUUCUCAUGAUGUUUUGAGCAAAGGCAGUUCGUGCCUUUUUUGCUGAAACUAAUGUCUUUCACUGCUGAUUUUUAAAAGUUGCUUUAAGCCCCGGUCAAACGACAAUGAGAGUUGGAAGUCGCUAAUUGUUACAGGGGACAUUUCAAGCUCUAGAUUAACAAAAUAGAGGUUUGAUGAGUGUUCCAACUAGGUUUCAACUUAAAUAUACGUAAUAAUUCAUGAUAGUGUUGGGACACUAUAGCAAAGCUAAAUGAGCGUACCAAGGUUGUGUGACUGCCAACUCUCGUGCAUUCUCAUCCCCAUUUGAUCAGGGCUUUAAUGUUUGUCAGUAAAAGUUGCCUGUGCCAUGCUAGCAAGAUGCAUAGCUGUCUGGAGCAGUGAAAGAGUUCAGUUUUAGCUUGGGCCAUCCAUAACUUUCAACAUUUUCAUAAUGAUACGAACGGUUUGGUGGAGGUGAGGGGGUUAGUGAAAUGCAUGCUUUGAAGUAUAUAGUUUCGUCAUCAUUCCUGAGAGCAAGUCAGGCAAGAGGAGGUCAUAAUUAUGUCUUUACUGUACUAUGUAAUCUAAGGCAUUAAUUGCAAUAUUGCAUGAUGUUACUCUGAUUCUAAUCUGUUGUGGCAGGGAGUGGGCACUUUCAUUGUUAUUCUGGAAAAUCAUUGUUGGUCAAUACAAAGUUUGGAUUAUUUAAUUUUUUUGACCUUCUAGAAUGUAACCAGCCUAAAUACCACAAAAAUCCCAUUGAAUGGUUUUGACAAUUCGACUGGAGCCUGUAGCUACAGUGAAGGACGAGCAAAUUUUCUGAUCACAUGGAAUGAAGACGGAAACGUAAAACCCCAGCAUGCAUUUCAAAUGAAGUUCCAAAGUGCUCAUGGAAGAUGGAAUGUAUCGGAAGUAAAUGUGUUGUUUCAAACAAUUGGUGACCGCAAUUUCCAACAUGCUACCGAACCGAGUAAGUAUUUUUGUAGUCACUAUUCCAUAUUUCGGACAGUAGCUGUCAGGACCAUUUUUAUUUACAUAUUUCGGACAGUAGCAGUCAGGACUAUUACAUAUUUGCGACAGUAGCUGUCAGGACUAUUACAUAUUUUGGACAGUGGCUGUCAGGACUAUUACAUAUUUUGGACAGUGGCUGUCAGGAUAGCCCGCGUGCAGGCCCAGGGAAUAAUAGUGGGCCUGCAAGCAAGACCCGGU